CUUAGCAUGGUCCUAUAUCCCUAUUGUCUGUCUAUGCACUCGUCGUGACUCUUGCAUGCUGUGCCUCGACGACGUCGGCCCGUCCUUGUGUCCUGAGAAGACAUAAAAGUACUCCCGCGCAGCACACUGCACGCAGUCCGUGAUUUCUAUUUCGCCCUCGAUACCUCUCUGUGCGCUGUGGCGUGUUGGGCCGCGAUGUACAACAAUGCUCCCGUGGUCAUCAAGAUAUCUCAGGAGAUAGACGAUAGCGAGGUUGAGCCCAGCCAGCAUGGUACCCCGCGAGAGCGGUGUCGUUCGGACCCUUGUCUAUCUUCCAGAUUACCAGGAGAUGCUUUCAUCCAGAGAGAGGCCAACGGCUUAGCUUUUAAAGCCGUCAAAGCAGAGCUCGAGCAGAUACGGAAGUCCCUCGAGACUCCUACUUCCCAACAUGGGGACAGCAAACUAUCGCCUACGGCCUCAGUGCACAACUCCCCAGAAUCUAGUCCAAAGGCGCGGCGGAGGUCACUAUUGGACAUGCUACCCUCCGCAUUCAAUGCGGCGAAGACGUUGCGAGAGGCUGCGAAGAAGAGUGAAGGACCGUGGAGGCAGCCUGAGCCUUACGAAAUCAUGCGUGCAAUUGAGAGGAGGGAUAUAAUGUUCCUCAUGGAGGUCCGUGAUAGGUCAUUCGAAAGCCUGGUCAAGAAGUCCGGGGACGCGACACCACUCAUCCAUGCGAUGCGCAUAGAGCAUACAGACAUGGCAAUCGUUCUGCUUGGUGCCUUCUCUCGCUACAUCAACCACUUACAAGACGAAGACCUCCAAAAGCCCGAAACGAAGAACAUGCUCAAAAUGCUGAGGACAAACUUGAAGAUAGCCAUCGACUUCGGCCUGCAGAAGUCCCAGAAGGAUCUUAUGGCGUCUUUUCUACAAACGCUCAUCAUGAGUGAAGGCGACACGUGGAUCACGCUGCAGGCAGGAGACGUAGCUGCUUGUUUGCGAAUGGGCACAGAAGGGAAGCCGGUGCACAAUGCUGAAGCAGCGGUUCGGAGCUUUGCCACCAAGAACUUGGGAAAGGCGGACCUCAUCGCCUCCUUGGAAGACUAUGUGGCCAAUGCGACGGCCGACCUGGUGAUGAUUGCUGCAUGGUCGUCUGCUCUGCAAGUGAUAAACGGCGAAGCAAUACCUACGUACUACUUCGCCCGAGACGAUCGAGUUUACAGGGCUCUCGUGGAGCGGCUCGAUCGACAUAAGGACGAGCUACCGAAGCUAGGGCGCCGGCUGCGGUGGCAGCUUCGAGCCUUGCGCACUCAUCUAGAAGGCCGGAGUAGAGCAUAUCGAGCCAAGGUGGAGUCUCUGGCCAAGGAGCUUGACGAAGGAGAGGGGCGUUGAAACGUCGCGGACAAUUCUUGUUUGUACUUGCUCCAGCUCAGUGCGAUCACUGAUAUGUAUCUCUAGAGCUUCAUCUGAAUGUCUACUGUGCCAG